CAAGUCCUGUUCGGCACCUACCGAGAUCAAUUACGCUGACCAUCAGACGAGACUCACUCAUCACGAGCUGCAUCGUGCAAAUCCCGCUCACUCGGCUGUCAUCCCUGCAGCCCACCUGAUGCGAGUCUUCUUCGAUCGAUGUUGAACUCGGCGGCACUCCAUAUGUGAGAGAUUCAUGACUUGCUGAUUUUGAUAGUAAUCAACGACUAUUCAGUGCUCCACCAAGAUACCAUCAGCAGCCGUGUUUGUGGUGGUGCAACGCGAAUGCCCUCGACAAGCAAAAGCUUAGCACACUGAUGACCCGCCUCGACGUUGCCCACCUCACGCCAAUCGCGCCCAUAGAGCGUCAUCGGUCCACAGAGCAAUACACCGUACACCUUCGAGUACCGAUCAGGUCAAGUAACAGCACCAACCACGCGGUUGAGUAUAUCCAAGAGGAGGACAUACAAGGUGAAGAAAUCAACAAGACCAGCUUAAUAACCACUGACACCACGAUUGUCAGCCACGAGUAAGCCCGAGCACUCCAAGGACAUCGUCGGAAAGGUCUCUGCUUCGACCCGCCUUGUCCUCACCUAUUCGCCGUCUUGAAGCGCUAUUUGGGCAAAGUUCCUGGCCUUCCACGAUCAAGUCCGUCAACCUCCCGCCGUCUCGAGAUCCAUCUCGUGCCGAUGCUUCGCAUGAACUGUCACUUACUGUCGUGAUCAAAUGCCCCACCAUCAAUCGCCGCAGUCGGUACCCCGAUUCCAUUAUUGAUUAUUCCUCCAACUUGCUCUCCUCAAAAGGCUGGGUUUCCUGGCCAGGUUCUUUCCUCCCGCAAUAGUCCAUCCUCGAACGCUCGCCGCACUGGCAUCUCUCAAGCUCUCGCUCACUUUGGGUGAGAUGCAUAGCUUGCCCCCAGAAACUACUUUACCGCCGACGGUAGUCUUUGGAUCAUGUCGGUCAUGACUAGCCAGCCGCCGGUCCCCUCUCGGAGCUCGAGCGGAUUCAGUUUCCUCUCCAAGAUCAAAUCUCACAAAGAACCAAAGUACCUGAGCCCCGAGCGACCUCCCUCCGUCCAUAGAACCGGUAGUUACGGAAGCUGUAUCGACAAGUCUACCCGAUCGUCGCUGUUCUCCGUACCGGCGCAAGAAGGAGCAGGUCUGAAAUCUCGUCGCCUAAGCGCAAGCCCGUCGGACGAUUUCGUGGUCGAUGUUUGUCCUCUCGAAGAUGAGUUCGUGUCAGCCUCCAAGAUUGGCCGUCGGAAAGAGAUUGGCAAAGGCGCAAGUGCCACAGUGAAGAUCAUGCUUAGAAGAGGUGACAAGAAGUCAGGCGCUGCAUGUCAGUAUGCUGUGAAAGAGUUCCGCAAGAAAUCCAUAAGAGAAACAGAGGAGGAGUACAUUCGCAAAGUCAAAUCGGAGUACACCAUCGCCAAAUCAGCCGAUCAUCCCAACAUUGUGCGGACGGUUCGACUGUGCACGAACAAUGGGCGUUGGAACCAUGUCAUGGAGUACUGCCAACAGGGUGAGCUGUUUGGCCUGGUCGAGCGGAAAUACUUCAAGGCUGAGGACCGGAACUGCAUCUUCAAGCAAGUACUGAGGGGCGUCAAUUACUUGCAUCAGCACGGCAUUGCCCACAGGGACAUCAAAUUGGAGAACAUUCUGAUGACGGACGAUGGACAUAUUAAGAUCACCGAUUUCGGAGUGUCGGAAGUCUUCUGCGGUGACCAUCCUGGGAUAGCAUCCUCAAGAGGACUUUGUGGUCAAGGCAUGAGAGAACCUCGAUUGUCGGCUCCCGGUAUCUGUGGGUCGAAACCAUAUAUUUCCCCUGAGGUGUUGGCUCAAGAUCGAGACUACGAUCCGACCAAGCUGGAUGCGUGGGGUUGUGGCAUACUCUUCAUGACCAUCUUCCUCGUCGGCAACCCGUGGCAGAGCGCGAGCAAGGAAGAGGUCAACUAUGCCAUUUUCCUAGAAGGCUGGGAAGCCUUCCUUGACCGCUUCGAAAACAUGCCCAUCGACGAAAACUCUUAUCCACAAUGCGGAUCGAUUUUCAAUUCUCUGCCUUCACAUUCGCAGCGACGGUGCAUUCUCAAAUUGCUUCACCCGGACCCGGACCAACGUUGUACUGUGAACGAGGCUCUGAACGAUCGGUGGGUCAAAGGCAUCGACUGCUGCUCGCCUGAGACUAGCGGAGCGGCCGUAAACAACAUCGACGUCACCAAGAUGGGAUGUGACAAAGUCGCCGCUCGGAUGAGGGUGCAAGCGAAGCAUGAUCAUCUACCUCCGCCAGUCAAGCGACUGCCCCGGCAUCGCUUUGAUAUGGGUGAUGGUACAUCAAGGUAUGACUGAAGUCCUGCCUAUUCAACCUGUUCGAGUGGCCCUCCAAAGGUAUUUGCAUUUUCUUUUGUUCCUUUGGAGUCUGUUUUCCAACGGCGGCAACAGGGAAUUGGGCGCGCGCACUAAAAAGUCACCUGGAGUUGCAGACCUCCUCAUUGCAGAGGAGGUGCAUUAGAAAGCCGGAGUUCUUGAUCGGUGGUGAUGUUGCCGAUUGAGCAGGUGUUGGUGAGAGGCGACAAAAUGGGGGGUAGACUGCCGUUUGUUGUACGGCCGGAGGCAUAUCGAAACAUGGUUCGGAGAACCAACAGGCCCCUUGGCAAAAGUUCAUAUCAAUAUACAUAAUACGAGCUGCUUCCGACGAUGUCGAUCGUAGGCAUAAUGCCUAUUCUGACAUCGAAGUCGACGGACGUGGAAUUCCUAGGAUUGAGAAACUGUCCUUGACCGCUGUUGCGAAAACACAGACAAGGCUCUGAUGAUCGUGUAGUCAGUUCCUCCAACCCAUCAACAGGCUGCUAGGAUUGAGGUAGGACGAUAUGGACGAGUUUGAAUGCAUGCGUCAGCUGUGUGGACGUGAUGAGAUGAUGGUUGAUGUUGGAGGGAAUCAUCUGGCAAGGAAGCUCAUUGAUGGCAACCCCUUGUUGGUCUCGGCAGCUCAUCCUCUUGAUGUUGGCAGACCCGAUGUUGAAGCAUUCUCGCUCAUACCCUGGGUCAAUCAGCCUGACACUACGCUGCCGGUCGCAAGUUGUAGCUAGAAAUGUCAAAUGUUAACUACG